AUGAAUUUAAAAUCAAUUAUAUUUGUUUUAUUUAUUGCAUUUUUUGCAUUUUCUUUGGCUAACGACGAUGAUCCUACAUGUCCAAAUGGUUUUAUAUGUUUUUGGGUAGGUCAAAAUUAUACAGGUGAUCAAUGGAAAUGGACACCAAGAAUGAAUUAUAGAGAUUUACCAAGACAAUAUCAUAAUAAUGUUGGAUCUUAUGUGGCAAAAACAAAUGCUUGUUUUAAAAAUUGGAUUCCUUAUUUAACAUUUGAAUGUAAUGAAGGUGAUUCAAGUCAUAGUUUUACAUUUGGAAAAAUAAUUGAUGGUGUUUCUCAUGAAUGUUAA